UCUUCUCUUCUUUUGCGAAUUUCUAGAGGAAUUGUUUCAGUCUCUUGCAGGGCAUUCAUUGGCUUCCACUUCUGGGAUUUCUCUCAAGUCUUUAGAAUUGUUCGUAUCCUUUUCCCUUAACAGCCUCUCAGUGACUGAAUAUUGAAGCAGCCUACCAUUAGAGACAUUGACAAUGAUUCUGACAUGUAAGGAGUUUCACUUGACUCCAGAAGAAAAACACAAAAAGCUUAUAUUUUUGGAUCUUCCAUAUGUUUAUUACACAUUCUCCGGCUACUUAGCAACACUUCACAUUUUAUCCUUUUUAUCUUUCUGAAGUUUUGUGCUUCGUGGGUGGGGUGAGUCUCUCUCUUUCUUUGCCUCAGUUCUUGUGGGUUAUUUUAUUUUUCUUAGUGAUAUAAAAGUAAGAAACAGAGAGAUCUUGAAUGGGAAGUGCACCAUUACCGCCAGGUUUUCGUUUCCACCCAACAGACGAAGAACUGAUAGGAUAUUAUCUAAAGAGAAAAAUAGAGGGGCUUGAAAUAGAACUUGAGGUUAUCCCAGUCAUUGAAUUGUACAAAUUUGAUCCAUGGGAGUUGCCAGACAAAUCAUUCCUCCCAAAGAGAGAUAUGGAGUGGUUUUUCUUCUGUCCACGAGAUCGAAAGUACCCAAAUGGAUCGCGAACAAAUAGAGCUACCAAAACUGGGUACUGGAAAGCCACUGGAAAAGACAGAAAUAUAGAGUGUCAGUCAACCCCAUUCACUGUUAAAGGAUGUAGAAAGACUCUUGUUUUCUAUCGUGGAAGAGCUCCACUUGGGGAUCGAACUGAGUGGAUCAUGCAUGAGUAUCGACUCAACAAUGACUCUGAUCACUCAUCUCCCAGUUUUCAGGGUGGUUUUGCCUUGUGUAGGGUGAUGAAGAAGAAUGAGAAGGUUAAGAGUUCGCAGGAAGAACAAAAAGGUAAGGUAGCAGGAAGCAGUUGCACCGGUGGGAAUAAAGAAGCUUCAAUGAAGACCUUUGGUGAUGUAUCGUCUCAAUCAAGCCCCAACACUUCUUGUCCAUACCAUGUGGCUUCAACCAUGGCAGAGCCUGAGCAAGCUUCUUCCUUGGAGUCCAUCAACCCUUCACAUUUUUAUGUCUCGCCUGACUUGAUUCUGGAUUCUUCCAAGGACUACCCUCAAGUACAGGAUGCCAUGUCUGGAUACUUUCCACAGUACGACUUAUCAUGUUCAAUGAAUCCAUGGCAAUCAUUCCUACCAACAGAAAAUUCAACCUCCUCAUCUUACUCAAAUGUAAAUGGAGAAAUUGAAUUUGCUGAAGAUCUCGAUCAAGUUGGCUACUUCUAUAGAAAUGAAGAUGUAUCUCACGAAGGCUUUGAUCAUAUCAAUUCACUCAGAUAUCCAAAACCGUUCUGAAAAGUUGCAAUUUUUGAAGGCGAGACAAUUUCAAUGCCCUUGAAGGUCCAACCCUUGUGGGACUAAGUCAACAAAAGUUUCUUGGUGUUUCGUUGGAAGGGGGAUUUCUCUCUCUAAGACAACGCCUUUUAACGUACGUCUUAGAGUAAAAAUUAUGCGCAUGUGCGAUCCCUUCCUAUGCAGAUGGACUAGAUGUAUCCCUCCUAGUGUUAUAGUGUCUGCUCUGGAAAUAAACACUUUUAUCGGCUUCACCAUGCAGAAACUGGUUUACAUUCAGCCGUCUAUGUAUCAAUAUCAAUAAAAUAAGCUUAUACAUAGAAUUCUAUA